AUGAACUCAAGCUGUGCUGCAGGCUGUUUAGACGACGCCCAACCCCCCAUUAAAAUAAGUUUCAUGAAGCUCUAUCAAUGGCCACAAGCAGAUGCAGAGUUUUUGAAACUUAUUAGCAUGAAUGAGCAAAACUCUUCUUCUGGAAGACGAAGCGUCCAUGAUAGCUUUAUAAGCAGGCAGAGAUACCUCAGAAGUUACACUUUCUGCAAGAAUGAAACCGUUGCAGACAAAACGAAGAAGUGGGUUAAGGCGAAGGAAAAGAUGAAGAGGAAAGCAAAAGACCGCCGCUCAGCUGGUACUAGUUCUUGUUCUGUUUUUGAAGUUGUUUUCAAGCUUUUGUUUUCAUGUGUGGUCAAAGUAGAUGUUCUUGAGUUCUGA